UAAGGAAUUAACUGCUACCAAAGCUGCUAACACUAAACUAACUAACGCUCAACAAACCACUGCUCAACAAAUUACUGACUUACAAGCCCAACUAACGGCGGCUCAGGCGAAAAAUACUGCUUUGAUUGAAGGAGCAAAAAAAGCUGACCAAGCCCAAGCUGCUGCUAUCACCCAAGCUACCGUGGCCUUAGACACCUUAAAAACUAACACUAUCACUAAUGCGGACUUAAAAGCGGAAAUUAACCAUUUGCAUCCGAACACCAUUGCUAACGCUAAGGACACCGCACCCGAUUGA